AUGAGGAGUGGGAAACGCAGACCACGGUUGUCGCUCAUGCGCAUGAAGGCAGAAAACCACGUUCGCAUCCAGAACCUUAUCCUCAACCAAGUUGCCCUUCCGAUAGAAUAUAUGGCGUGGGACCAACACAUGUCCAUGCAAAAACGUGUUUUUAUUCCACCUACCAUGAGCCAUUCUGAUGCAACGGUGGAAUUCGAGCCCUCAUUCACACCGAGCUCACGGACAUCCCGCGGUGAAAGCAGUAGCGACGGGCGACGGAUGCGCCGGCGCGGGCGAGGGCGCGGUCGCGGCCCGUUCUCGAUCGCGCAAACUGCGCUGGGCCCGCGCCGACGCCAGCUCCACAGCCCUUCGCCUCAGGCUUCUGCUGCCGCUGCGGAGGAGGGAGAAGGCGUCUCCUCCACGGUGCGGGGCACCACCGUCCCUCCCGCCCUCCCUGGCGUCGAAGAUCUUUCAACCCCCUCCGACUCCAUGUCUCCGGUCCGCCCACCAACGACUCGCCCCUCCACCUCCCACGGAGCCACGUUCCCAGACUUCCUUCCUCCGCCGCCUCCCCCCUCUCUGCCCGCUCUGCCUGCCCUCGCUCACGGCGAUCCUCCCACCUGCUUCCCUCCCGUCUCCUCCCACUCGUUGACCCCUCCGACUCCCCUCGCUCUCCCCGUUCCGUCCACCGUCUUCCCUACCUCCUCCACCACCCAUUCCUUUUCGCCCGCCGCAUCCACGUACGUCCCUGUACCCAACGGCCAACUGGUCCCCCCUGCCCACCCUUCGGCCCUGCCCUCUCAGUGGGAUACCCCACCAUCCUCCUCCAUCCUCCCGACUCCCAUCGCCGCGGCUCCUGUACCCUACGAGAGCGACCCCACUCCUCUGUCUUUCGAGCCUGAUGAUGAAGCCUACGUUGAAGAGCUGUGUGACGCCUUUGUGGAAGAACUUCGGCGCGCUAUGCCCUUUCUCCGUCGACACCGGCUGUGUUGGCAGGCGCUGCGGUGUAUGCGGGGAGUUUUGGACGAUGCGCGCUCCUUGCAUCUCCACUAG